AUGUAUAUUGUUUACUUGAUAUGUCUGUACUUCUGCGAUAUCCGCCAGAAUGAAAACUCCGCUGGAAGAGUAGAAGAUGUUUUGAGUGGUCAUAAAGAUAGAGUUAAUUGUGUGAAGUGGAUAAAAAAUGGAUCAGAAAUAGAGUGCGAAAUAGCAUCAGGCUCAACAGAUAAAACUGUAAUUGUUUGGAGAAGACAGGCUAAAAAGUGGCAGCCAUUGUCUGUAUUAGAGGGUCAUUCCAGUACAGUGAACUCCAUAGCAGCUAUUUCCAUAACCAAUAAURAUGGCAGCAAAAGAACAAUUAUUAGUUCUUCAUCAGCUGAUAGUACUGUCAAGAUAUGGGAAAGACUASAUUGUGAUGGUGGAUUUCAAUGUGCGCAGACACUUUUGUUUGGUUAUGGCUUUUCUGUYACUGUUGAUUUAGCUGUUUGCCCUGGCAGUAAAGUACCAAUUUUAGCAUGUGGAAAUGAAGAUAGUAAAAUAUAUAUUUUUGUGGAGAAGGAAAAACAGUUUACAAAAGUUCAAAGUCUUGUUGGUCAUGAGGAUUGGAUACGAGGAGUGGAAUUUGCUCUUGAUGAUUCUGGAGAUCUUCUGCUUGCAUCUUGUUCUAAAGACUGUUUUAUAAGAAUAUGGAGAAUUUCGUCAUCAAAUAAGAACCAGAGGCACUGUGGAGAUGAUAUGAAGCCUCCUAUCACAGCUACUGAUGGUCUACUAGACGAGGAACUCAAGUUAACCUCCAACCUUUUUACAGUCAUUUCCGAAGGAGCAGAAUUUGAAUUUUCUGUUGUCCUUGAGUCAGUGUUGUCAGGUCAUGAGGAUAUAGUCUAUAGUGUACACUGGCAGCCAGUGCUGAAGAAAGAAGAUGGUGCAUAUUUCCAGCCACUAAGCUUACUGUCUGCUUCAUUUGAUAAAACACUGAUUAUCUGGAAACCAGAUGAAGAAUCUGGUGUUUGGCUGGAAGCGGUUCGUGUAGGUGGUGUCGGAGGUACCACUUUAGGUUUCUUUGGAGCAGUGUUCAGCCCUGAUGGUACUUCCAUAUUAGGACAUAGCUAUCAAGGUGCUUUCCAUAUAUGGAAGAAUGCAGCUUUAAGCGAGAAUGAUGUAGAGAGGUGGGUACCAGGCGUGACAGUCAGUGGUCACUUUGGUUCAGUUCAGGAUAUAUGCUGGGAUCCAGAGGGUCAGUUCCUUAUGAGUGUUAGUACUGAUCAAACAACAAGACUUCAUGCUCCCUGGUGCAGACCAGGAAAGAAGACAACUUGGCAUGAGAUAGCCCGCCCACAAGUGCAUGGGUAUGAYAUGCAGUGUUUUACGCUUGUAGAUCGAUACACUCUGGCUUCUGGUGCUGAUGAAAAGGUUGUAAGAAUGUUUAAAGCUCCUCGGCAGUUUUUAGACAGUCUUAAGUCCCUUAGUAACAUCACAGAACACAAUAAGUUACCARAAGACCUYCCUCUAGGAGCCAGUGUMCCAGCWCUUGGUUUAUCCAACAAGGCUGUCUUUGAAGGUGAUUUGGAUUCCUUGAAGCAAGAUGUAGAAGACCCAGGCAGACCAUUAAGGGCUUCAGCAUUUGCUAAUGAGGAACCUCUGCCUUUUGCUCCUGUUGUGUCAACUGCUCCCCCUACUGAAGAUGAUCUUCUACAGAAUACACUUUGGCCAGAAUCACAAAAACUAUACGGACAUGGUUUUGAAAUAUUUUGUUUGGCUUCAAGUCCAGAUGGUACUCUUUUGGCUUCAUCAUGCAAGGCUUCAAAAGCUGAACAUGCGUGUAUACUAUUAUGGGAUACGACUACCUGGCGGCAGGUCGACUCUUUAUCGGGGCAUACAUUGACUGUAACUCAGAUGGCUUUCAGUCAUUCUGGUCAGCGACUUCUCACCGUGUCACGUGAUAGGAGYUGGGCUAUUUUUAGAAGACAAACUGAGUCAAGUUCAUUAUUUCGAUUAGUGUGUCAUAGUACUUCACUUAAAAAGAACCAGCAACAUAGYAGRAUAAUAUGGUCAUGUGCCUGGAGUCACGAYGAUCGCUACUUUGUAACAGCCUCUAGGGAUAAGAAGGUUAUUAUGUGGGGCUCUAACRCCGAAKCAACWGCAGAAAAAGAAAWCUGGGUACCAGUAUCCAGUCCAYUMGAUGCUGGAGAACCGGCUACUGCAGUUGAUAUGGCAACCACAUUUAUAAAMAAUUCAAGUUAUUUGGUCUCGGUCGGAAGAGAGUCUGGUCGUAUCUCUCUUUACUCGUGGUCUUCUGAAAAACAGUGGAGCGUUCUGAGUCACUUGGAUCGAAGCUUGUGUCCCGUAUUGACAGUCAAAAGAUUAAAAUGGCGGCCGACCAAUCAMGCGAAGGMUGAUGGGAUUCUUUAYCUGGGAUGUUGUGGUUCAGAUCAUAGCGUUAGAAUAAUCCAAGUAUCAGGAAUUUCAUGAGAAUUCAACUAUACAGUAUACUUAGGCAAUACACAUUAAUAGUAAAUACUUAUGAAAUUAGAUUCACAGCACUUUCUGUUACAGGAAAAAAUGGAAAAUGCUAAAAUUUAAAUUACACUUUAUUGCAAUUACCGAUAAAGUAAAUUUUAUUUAUCUUUGUA